AUGGAUGCUGUCCGCGCUGGCGGCGCGCAAAAAGCGGUGCGCCCUGCGUUUGCGGCGGUGCUUGCGCUGAUCUGUACUGUGAUGCUGCUGCACAUUGUGGGCAUCGGUAUAUUCACGACUGGUUUUCUUCUGCAGCGCGUCGAACUCGUUGAGAAGAAUGCAUGCGGCGGCGCAAAAAAUGCAUGGGCCGUGCCAAAGCCGCCAGAGCGCGCGGCAGACGGCGAUGCAGAAGCGCUGCGUGCAUGGGAAGCAAUACUGGAUCCCAUGAAUGAAGGAGAGUGCACACUGCCUCCGCGGUUCGACAAGGCUGUAGUCUGGAUUAUCGACGCGCUUCGCUACGAUUUUCUCGCGCCGGCGACAAACGACACUAUGCGCGACCCGUACAUGCACGGCCAUAUGCAGACACCGGCACUGCGCAGUGCAAGCGAGCCACGCAAUGCAUUUCUCGCGCAUUUUCUUGCCGACGCGCCGACGACGACGCUGCAGCGCCUGAAAGGACUCACCACGGGCUCGCUCCCGACAUUUAUCGAGGCCGGCGCCAAUUUUGGCGGGGCUGGUCGUGUUUUGGAAGAUAACUGGAUUUCCCAGUUUCUCCACAAGAUCGAGGCGGAGCCGCACAGGGGCAUGGCGUUUGUGGGUGACGAUACGUGGGACACUGUUUUUUCCGACCUCUUCGACGCGAACCGCUCUUUUCCGUACAGUUCUUUUAAUGUCGAGGAUCUCGACACGGUGGAUCUUGGCGUAGAAGAGCAUAUGCUGCGCGAGAUGGUGCGCAAAGAUGCACGGCUCGUUGUUGCACACUCGCUCGGCGUCGAUCAUGUCGGCCACCGCUUUGGCGCCUCACAUCCGCGCAUGGUCCCGAAACUGGAGCAGAUGAACAGACUGGUAGAUCGUGUGCUGGAACUGCUGGACAAAGAUACCCUGUUCAUCUUGCUGGGUGAUCAUGGGAUGGACGCUACCGGAGACCACGGAGGCGACAGCGAGCUGGAAGUCGGUGCAGCGCUGUGGAUGUACACAAAACAGCCCUUUGGCGCGCGCGGAAGAGGGAACCUUACCGCGGAACCCGAAGUGGCAGCCAUGCUCUGCGACGGCUUCCGGCCAUUUUCUCCGCUGGACGGUACGCACCGCUCUGUGCCGCAGAUCGAUCUCGUGCCUACAGUUUCGCUCCUGCUUGGCACGCCGAUUCCAUUCAACAACCUCGGCACAGUUAUUCCCGAAGUGUUCGCAAAGUCGGGCGCGCUCGGUGACCCAGAUGCACGCCUGCUUCGUGCACUGCGCAUCAAUGCGCGUCAGGUACAUACCUAUUUGAAAGCCUAUGCAGCACGCUCCAAAGACCUGCACAUAUUUCAAGACGAACUGGACGCGCUGUGGAAUGUAGCACUCGAAGCAGACGCCAAAUUUGCCGCGCUGGUGCAUGUAUGGCGCAAGGACAGUACGGCAUUGUCUGGCGCCGCAACUGAAGCGCUCGCUGCGUACGCUGCGUAUACACGCCGCGCUGUCGAGCAUGCACGGAGUGUUUGGGCGCAGUUUCACUAUAACAAAAUUGCAGCAGGCCUGUUUGUGCUUUUUGGCGCGGUCCUAGCGACCGUCUGGCUCUGGCAUAUUGCCGCGUACGAAAGCGCAAGCGCGAUUUGGAACGCGGUACGCCCAAUGCACUAUGCACCGUUUGGUCUAGUGUGCAUACUGUUGCCGAUUCCUUUUUCGUACCUGCAACGUGGAGUACUGGGCGUGGCGGUUGCCGUUUUGUGUGGCAUCGCGGUCGGUGCGUGGACACUGCGUGCGGCGCCUCGAAAAAUUCGACGCUCGACGCUUGCAACGCUUGCUGCAUUUACACUUCUCACACUGCAUGCGGGUAUCUUUGCAAGCAACAGCUUCACCAUGUGGGAAGAUAGAAUUAGCCUUGGUCUCUUUGCCUCUGUUCUGCUCCUCCGAGGCUUGGGAUCGCUCGCGGCGCCGACCAAGCGACUGCAAGUCCAAAUGCCGCUUCUCGCGCUUGCGAUUCUUGUGCUUGUGCGAUCGAUUGCCAUGUCGCGCGUUUGCCGCGAAGAGCAGGCGCCUACAUGUGUGCCUUCAUUUUAUGCGCGCGUCGCGCGGCCCGACGGCAAGUUUGCCGAUAAUCCAGCGUAUGCCUACGCUGGCCCUGCGACAAACAGUAUGUAUGUCGCAGGUGCUGCGUACGCCAUUGCGUUUUUUGUGCCCGACGUGCUACGCAGGAUUUUGGAGCAGAGCCAAACCUACACCGACAUUGCCCAAGCGCUCGCCAUGUGGAUCAUUCGUCCGGCGCUGCUCGCCGGUGCUGCGUUUUGGAUCGUCGACUGGGCGCAAGGGCUGGAGCGCUUUGACGACGAGAUGCGUGCGUGGCUGUUGGUGACCAAGACUUGGGUAGCGCGCCUGGACCUGAUCCUGAUUGUUGUCUUCGGCACGCUUGCAUGGUACUUUCUCCCUCUAUGUGUGCGUAUGCAGCGCCAAGUAGUGGAGAAUAAGCCCAAAGCCGCGAUUCUCGGAUUCGGCAACGCGUUCGGAAGCGCAUACCUUUUGCUUACGACCAUUCUCUUUGCGCUUCUUUUCCUGCUUGCGCAGUCGAUGGGCCAGCUUGCGCUCUCCGGCGCAUUCCUCGCUUUGGUCCUGCUGGCCGAGUUGGGCGAUAACGAGCGAGACGCUGUGUUGAUCACCGAGUCAGCGCUGCAGCAGCCAAUCUUGCCACUGAUGCCGAGUUUGCUGGAGACGAGUGCCAUUGCGCUACUCGGCUUUGUUGCGUUUUUUGCCACUGGACACCAGGCUACGCUUGCAUCCAUUCAGUGGCGCGUCGCUUUUGUGGGAUGGACGACGGUGACGUAUCCAUGGUCGCCCAUUUUGGUCAUUUUGAACGCAUUUGGGCCGCUCAGCUUUUUGCCGGCGUUUGCCAUUGUUUUGCUCGUGCUCUGGAAUGUCGCGCCUACGCGCCCAAGGCAGGAUACUCCGCCGGUGCCGAUGCACACUGCUGCUGCAUUACUGCGAGCAUCCAUGGGAUUUCUCUUUUACCAUGGCGUGCUUGCGCUGAGCGCCGCCAUUUUCGCUUGCGUCUUUCGCAGACACUUGAUGCUGUUCAAGAUUUGGGUCCCGCGGUUCAUGAUGGGUGGGUUGGGGCUGCUCCUUGCCGAUGUAGCGAUGCUUUUUGGCGUGUUGGGCGCAUGGCGCGUCGCGCACAAAGUACAUACGGUAUUUGCGGCCCAAUUUUACUGA